UAUCCGUCUAUACCGACAUGCAGACAUAGCGCCGGGAACGUCGUGUCGCGCCCACUGCAUGCGUACUUUUAAUAUACUAUUAGAAGCAAUAUACAGCUCUUUACACGCUGUAAACAUAGUGUUUGUGAUUUAAAUCAAACAUGGACAACGUUGAGGCGAAUAUGUUCAUCAUGCGUAAAGAAAUUUUGACUACCAUAGCCGACAUGGUGCGAUUACACCAGAGUCCCCCUGUACACCAUAGCAUGUUUGGGGGGAUGGGGUCGGACAGCGGCCCGCACUGGGAAAUUGACCCGGAAGGUGACGACGAGUAUACAACAUACUUGCCCGAUGGCAACGGCUCCUACAUCAGAAUGCCACCCGAAAGAUACAAUAGUCAACUGUACCCAGAGGCGUUCAACCCCAAAAGAGCCAACCCCCUUCCUAAGCCACAGUAUACCCCCGCAGAGCCCGACCCCACUCAAGUCCAAAAGCAAGACAAGAAAGUCAAAGCCAAGUCGGAGAAGAAGCGUAUUAAGAAACGGAGACAGAAGGAGAGGAAACGUCUCGAGAAGCUCAAGCGAGAACAGCAAAAGCCAAAGAAGAAUACAGAGGAAAACGGAGAGACGAAGAAGGCCGAUAAGGCGACCACGGCUCCGGUGUCGGGCGGUCAGAGCUCCUCUGGUGACUCAGACUCCAGCGACUGCAGCGACGACAGCGAGGAGGAGGAAGAGGAGGAGGAGGAGGAGUCGUCCGAGAGCGAAACUGAGGAGUUGGAUCUGAGCAGCAGCUUCGUGAACAAAGCCGCUCUUAUUUUGAAGAGGAAGCUGGAGCAGAAGGAACCCAAAUACAAGCCAGAGAGGAAGGAGGAGAAAAAGGCGCAAGUAAAACCAGUGGCCGAACCCACUAAGGACAAACCCGUCCGUGCGGUGCCCGACGCUACGAAGGCUGUCCUUAAUAAAGAUAUAUCUGCAGCCCCCAUCAAUAAUAAUCCCACCUAUGAGGAUAAUGUGAAAAUAAGUACAGAACUUGCAAUGCUGGGAAAUCAGCAUGCAAGUGCUGGCCGUUACGAUAUGGCUGUGCAAUACUUCACAGCCGCUAUUAAAUACAACCCGAAGGAGUUCAAGCUGUUUGGCAAUCGCUCCUUCUGCUUCGAGAAGCUGCAGGAGUAUGAGAAGGCGCUGACGGACGCCCAGCUGUCCAUCAACAUGUCGCCGGGCUGGGACAAAGGCCUGUACAGGAUGGGGCGCGCUCUCGUGGGCCUUAAGCGCUACGAGGAGGCGGCCAACACCUAUAAAGAGGUGCUCAAGCUGGACAGCUCCUGCACCGAAGCUGCCCAGGAAUUGAUGCGCGUCCAGAUCGCACAGCUCAUGGAGGCUGGCUUCACGCGGGAGCAGAGCUCCAACGCUUUAAUAAUCCACGGUACCAUGAGCAAAGCCAUGGAGGUGUUGUCCAAGCUGAAUCCAAGCAAUACAGGAACCAUAUAUAAAGCUCCCGUACUUCCACCCGCCGUCAGUGAAGUCCCCCCCAGGGCCGCGUCGGCCCCGCCCAGGGCCGCUGUGUUCUCCCCUGGCCCCCCCAACACCCUCCCCUCUGCGUUCCCGGCUGAACACCAGCAAUCCCCCGUUAGGAAACCCUUCACCCAGAACACUCCCCACGUAGGGCCCAAGGCGGCUCAUAACCCCCCCCCCGCUGUGAAGACCGGCCAGGAGGCUCCUAAGCCCCCUGCCGGGGAAUUGUUUCCGAUUUGGGUGGGAAACCUUCUCCCUACUGCAACCGUGUCCAGUCUCUCUGACCUCUUCAGUGGUGUCGGGAAGGUCCACAGUAUUAAGCUUUUAAGCGGCAAACGGUGUGCCUUCAUCAACUUCACCACACAGGAGCCCUGCGACCGAGCCAUCCGUCAGUACCACGGCUAUGAUCUGAUGGGCAGUAGGCUGUGCUUGCGGUACCCAGACCGGAUCCCCCCGGGCAUGGGCAUCUCCCGGGCGGCCCUGAAGGCCGAGCCCCUGCAGGAGGAACUUUACUGGCAGAGAAGAGAGAGGAGAGCGGCGGCAGCAGGAGGAAGUGAGCCCCCCCACCCCCCACCACCACGAUCCUGAACCCCCCCAC